UUAUUCUUAACCUUUCAAUAAAUGUCCACCAAUCCGAUGAUCAGAUCAUCGAACAAUUUGGGAUUCAAAUUUGAAUUAUUUAUAUUCCACGUAUGCAAUUUUCCAGUGCCUGUGUAUCACGCAUCACACUACCAGAGUAUCAGAGUUUUCCUGAUUAUCCUUAUCAAACUGCUUCGGAUUUCGGAACGUCACUCUUACUCUCUGCCAAAACCUUCAUUUUCUGACAACAAAACCAUGAUUUUAACUAUCUUUCAGGAAAAAAAAAAAACCCAUCUCUCAUUUCGUCAUCUCUCUCCCCUCUCCUCUAUCCUUUCUUUCUUUUACUUUUUUAAAUGGCUACUUCAAUGGCUUCUAUGUCUAGAUUCCUUCAGAAAAAUGGCAGAUUACAAGUUUGUUAUGAUUUUAAUACCAGAAGGAGCUAUUGUUUCUCUGUCAGGAGACUAACUCAUCUGGGUUUUAGAAGUGGGUGUAUAUUAUCCUGUGAAGGCAGAAGUAGUGGGGUGGAGAACAGCGGUUGGAGUACCAUCGAUGCCCAUCCGAUGUCUUUUUCAAUUGUUCGAGCUUCACGGAAUCGUCAUGUUCUAUGCAAAGCUGAGGCAAAUGCUUCUGGGGAUGUUCCUAGUAGCUCUCCUAGUCAAAUGAGCCAGUACGAGAGAAUAGUCGAAUUGCUGACUACUCUUUUUCCUGUGUGGGUCAUACUGGGAACGAUUGUUGGCAUGUACAAGCCAUCUGUGGUUACUUGGUUAGAAACAGACCUUUUCACUGUAGGCUUGGGUUUCCUCAUGCUUUCAAUGGGACUGACCUUGACCUUUGAGGAUUUCAGACGAUGUAUGCGAAACCCAUGGACAGUGGGUGUAGGAUUUCUUGCUCAGUACUUAAUUAAACCCAUGUUAGGCUUCGUCAUUGCACUGACUUUAAAACUGUCCGCUCCUCUUGCAACUGGUCUUAUUUUGGUCUCGUGCUGUCCUGGAGGCCAGGCAUCUAACGUUGCAACCUAUAUAUCAAAAGGAAAUGUGGCGCUGUCAGUUCUCAUGACAACCUAUCAGACGGAUUGCCUUGAAUUGCCCAUUCAGUGUAAUUCUCUUGCGGCUCUCCCUCCACAUGUGCCCCACAAGUUUGAUGAUCCGAAUGGCCGUACAUGUGUGCUGUAUGCGAGUACAACUCACCACCAUUUUGAAAAUGGUGGUGAACUACCAGUGGAAUCUUUGCCAUCUAGCUUCGUCAUCUUCAUCAGCUUGAAACUACAGUUCAUCGACUCUAUGUUUUCUGCAGCUUCAAUUCACUCAUUAGCACUGCCAUUGUUUUCCGGCCACUUCCAUUCAGUUGUUAACACUGUCAGUAUGAUAGAAAGAAGUGGAAUUUUUUAAGGGCCAUGGAGAUACAUCUGCUUUCAUUUUAUUCUGGGUUGAAUGCUUUUGGGACUUCAUUGUGUAAAGAAGUUAAUACGUCCAAUAGCAGGGAAUUUAAUUCUCUUUGUUUCUAUGCACCAGAAGGACGCAUUAGAAGAUUAAUUGCUUAUUGGGGAAUUAAAGGGUUUGGGCCCCAGCUAACAUACUGUUUUCUGACGCGUGGGAUUUAGUGCAUGUGGAGCCCAUGGUUCUUUGAUCCAGAGCCUGGAUGGUGGAGUGCCAAAAGAAUUUCCCCAGUUGAAUGUCCUAACCAUUCGAUCAGUGAAAUUCAUAUAAGACAAGAAGAAAAACAGCAACAGUCUAGAAUGUGACCAAGUAUCAGAUGGCUAGGAUUUCAAAUUGGGGGUGGGGAUAUCAGUUCUGGUAGCCCGGGUUGCCAAAACAGGGCCACAUAUGCAAUGAAUUCACAUCUCAGUAAACUAUACAUUUUCUGAGGCUAGCACCCUACAAAUCCUUGGGAUUAUUAUCCAGACAUCAGUUUCUUCAUCUCACAGUUCUGAAGUUAAUUUCUGUGAACCAUGGAGGUAUCUAAAGGGGAUCGAGUCUCGUUGGGUUGGGUCCAUUUUGGUCCCCAUCCUUUUUCUUUUUUUUUAGGACCCAGACCCAGAUCCGAUUGGAUUUUGGGAACUAUUGGGUACCCAUCGGGCCUUUGGACCUCGGUUUUGAGUGGGGUUCGGAUUGUGCCCAUGUCAAAUACAGGCAUUCAUGUGGUUGGCCGACUUGAAUGGAUAGACUAGAUUACACACAUGUGCUACACAUGAGAGGUGUUGUGGCUUGGGAAGCCUCACUAAGUUGCUAGAACAAUUAAUAAAUAUACCUAAAAUAUAUAAUACUACUAUUAAAAUUAACUAGACCCGAUUUUAAUCAGAUCCAAGAUGGGGGACCAGGACCCAACUAGACCUGGUUUUUUACCGGAUCCAAAUGGCAGACCCAAACCCAACCCGACUACUAAACAGGUCUGAGAAAUUGGCCCUGGAUCUGUUAAAAUCGGGUUGGGUCCAUCAGGUACACCUGCGGGUCUGGGUUCCCAUUGACAGCCCUGCCUAUGGUAUACUUGUGCACACCAAUGCUUUAACUGAUGGACUCUGUACUGCCUAUAAAUGAUUCCUGAUUAUAACAUCAUGUAUAAAUUACUAACAGAUAGCCAUUCUACUUGCAUGGUAUU